CUUUCUCUGGUGAUCUCUGAACAUGUUUACACCCGUGACUAAUGCUUGCUGCCUCUUUGUCGCCUGGCUCGUCUUGCGCAAUUAUCGCUGGCUCACUCACCGUUCCAUCUGGUAUAUCCGCGGGCCAUCCGUCAAGUCUGCACUCCUAGGAAAUGUACGCGACAUGGCGUACCAGGAGAACGUGGGUGACCUGGACUUCAAGUACAUGCGAGAAUAUGGUGCGGUGUGGAAGAUGCAGUACGCCUUGGGUUCGAAGGUGCUCAUGGUUGCAGACCCAAAGGCGUUACAGCACAUAUUCCAUAAAUCAGGGUACCUUUACCCCAAGACGACUCAGGCACGUCUUAGCGCGUUUAUCAUAGCAGGGAAGAAUAUCCUCUGGGCGCCCACCGGCGAUAUCCAUUCGAGGCACCGGAAGGUCAUGAAUCCGGCGUUCAGCACCCCGCAGCUGCGCUCGUUCCUGCCUAUCUUCCGAAAAAGUUCCGCCAAGUUGUGCCAGCUGUGGAAGGACCAGAUCCUUAGCCAGGCUCCUGGAGGAGCGACGAUACUCGUCAAUAUCUGGUUGGCGCGCACGACUCUCGAUGUUAUUGGAGAAGCGGCUUUCGGAUUCGAAUUCGGUGCGCUUUAUAACUCAGACAACGAACUGAGCAAGGCGUAUCACAACAUGUUCGCCGAUUCAAUGCUAUACCCGACCGCCUGGAAUGCCGUCUUCCAGACCCUUUGGGACUACAUACCCGAUAGCAUCCUCGAGUGCGUGCGGUAUGUUCCAACUCGCGAAUAUGCACGGUUUCAGUACACAAUGCGCAUCUUCAAUAAAUACUCGCAACAGCUUAUCGCGCAGAAGAGCGCGGCCCCGGUGGACGACAAGAGCAGUAGAGACGUGAUGAGCAUCCUUGUGCGUGCAAACGCAUCGGAAGAUCCGAGGUCGAAGCUCAGCGACGAGGAGAUGGUUUCUGAGAUGUGCGCACUCACGCUUGCGGGCCAUGAAACGACGGCGAACACAAUCACGUGGAUGCUCUGGGAGCUCGCCAAGCAUCCAGAGUACCAAGAAAAACUGCGCGUAGAAAUUGCACAGAAGCGUGCGGAGGUCAUUGCUCGUGGCGAAUCCGACUUUGGCGUGGACGACCUUGAGUCCAUGGGGUACUUCCAGGCUACUAUCAAGGAAACGCUUAGAUACCACUGCAUCGUAUUUCAUUUGAACCGCGUCGCUUCGCAGGACGACGUUAUCCCUCUGACGUAUCCAAUUGUGACGAGCAUAGGCAAGACCAUCUCCGAGAUCCCGGUCGCUGCCGGCCAGGUCAUCAUGCCUAAUAUUGCGGUCUACAACCGCUUGCCAGAAAUGUGGGGCGCAGAUGCGCACGAGUGGGACCCGAUGCGCUACAUUGAUGGUAGGGUCCAUACACAGAUUCGCCUGGGUAUGUUUGAGAACCUGAUGACGUUCUCUGCUGGCGUACGAGGCUGCAUUGGCUGGCGCUUCUCUGUUAUUGAAACGCAGGCCAUCGUUGCGGACUUGAUCGAGAACUUCCAGUUCAGCAUUCCAGAAGACAAGCCUGAGAUCGUUCGUGUGCCUGCGACAAUUAUGUCACCGAUGGUAAAAGGCAUGAUGCACGAAGGCUCACAAAUGCCGCUUCACGUGACCAUUGUUUAGCGAUGAACGCCCCCGGCCUUUCAGUAUGAUAUGCGGUGUGGACUUGUAUCGGGUACCAAGGUUUUUGUACAAACGAACGACCGAAACGGUGACCACAG